GCAGCAUGGGUACAGCAUAAAGAGUUGAGAUCUAGGGUUUUGAAGGAUUGGGUUUUGAAGGAGUGUUUUCGAGGAGCCGAGGACCAAAAAAAGAAAGAAGAGAGAGGAAAUCAUCUUUUUCCUUCUUCUUUUUUCUCUGUUCCUUUCCUCUUCCUCUUCAAGAGAUUUCAGAGUGAAGCUUAUAAACAGUUGCUAUUUUGUAAUCGAUUUUCAAGGAAUAAAGGAAUUUUUUGGAAGGGAGAGAACUACAGUGCUAACAUCUGAAUUCAAGAAGAUUAAGACCGAUUGAUUUCGAGGAAAAAGUCAAGGGAGGACCUACAAUUAAGCUCUUGAUAGCGCCAACCGUGCAUGCUGCUGCAAGAAUUAUCGACCACGGUUCAUAGUUUCUCCAAACCUUAAAAAGCCGUGGUUGAUGAGCUUGUUUAAAUUGUCCUGGAAUGGGAGGCAUUGAAAGACGUUCAUAGGGGACAUUACUUGUUAGAUAUGUCCAAUUAUUCCCAAAAUGGUGAAAGCUUGCAAGAUAAAAGGCAUAGUUGCGCUCAGCAUAUUUGAUUAUCCCUGCAAUUAAAACUAGGAGGGAUGGCAGCCAAAGUUUGUUAUGUGGGAGUGACUGAAAUAUGACAUAGAUAGUCGAACCAACUUGUAAAAUGAGCCCAAGCAAGUGCCUAAUCCAUAAUUCAUUAUCUUCCAGAGAGAAGGAAGUAAUAGUGUCGGGACCACCAAGAUGCAACAAAAGAAAGGGUGCCCAAAAAACCAAGAUGUCACUGCGUUCAUCAGUACGCAACAUGAGUCCAAUGGUAAAUGUAGCCACCCAAUCUGCAAGCAGAUAUGCUAUCCAGAGUGGAGUCAUGAUGACCCAUUUCCCACCUCUUUGCUUUCUUAAUGGUGCAAGCAAAAUUAGGAAAGACUGUACAAAGAGGCUUAGAAUAAUCAGUCCUCUGAUAUUCCAAGUAUCCCAUAGCUUAUGGACCUGUUCGGCACUGAACAGUGGCAUCUUCUUUAAUCUGCUUUAUUUUGUUUUGCCAAAGGUAGUCCAACUUUAACCAACACACUUAGGGAUGCAGUGAGUCUAGUUCAACCACAACCUCUUAAAUUGGAUAUCCUACAUUAAUAGAUCACAUAGACUUCGGGUUCAAUCUUUUGAGACUAAAAGAUUAUAUGUUAG